AUGGAGACCAAUUAUGAACCUGGCGGUCCUCACGACGCUCUAGAACGGGAUAUCUACGAGGGUGAAGGCUGUCGACGCGCUUCGGGCUGGACCAUGGCGCCCAUAUUGCUAACCCGAUCAUUCUCAGCAGGCACAGGACAGGAAACCGAGUCGGAUCGAAGCAGUCAAGAUGGCCGGCGCAGGUCGCUCGGAACGCCAUUAUCCUCACCGCCAGGUAGCCCACGGCCAAGUUUUGCUCCUAGGGGGCAGGUAAAACCGAGGAUAGGAUUCCGCGGCAAGAUACCGAGCGGCUUGACUCUCAAUGUAGCGCUGACGGAGGGUGUUUCCAAGAUCGCUAAGAAUAUACCUUUUGAUGACAUACAUGGUGCAUAUUCAAACGUAAUAGAUUCAGUGGCCCAUGCGAAACAAGCCCGAAGCUUCGUCGAAGAGCUCAACUUUCUGGUCAUCUCCUCGACAUUGCUUAAUGAGCAACCUGCAUUUGGGCCCGCCUCCGUGGCACCUUUACCGACGGACGCUACCAAACGGGAGGAGCUUCAGGAGAUCAAGGUCAAUCCUUGGACCACCAAUGGUGCCGUGGCUGCGGGCGCGCUGGGCUUCACUGUAGCAUGCUUGAUCAGAUGGUUCAUAAUUGGGGGGACAUUGAUCAUCUCGCUAAGGCGCAUAACGGUUGCUGCUGUUGGGCUCGGUGCUGUGGCAUGGACACUGAGGACGUAUAUGCGGCGUCAGUGGGCCAAGUAUAUCCACGAACAGACCUUGAACGAGCUGAGGAAGUUCCUGCGGAGCUCUUCUGAGCUUGAUAGCAUUGCCAGCUCGGCCUUAAGUUUCAUAUUUGAAGUCGAGCUUAUUGGACGCGGCUAUAGACUGUCUCUGCCGCUGCCUCCUAUCAGUCGCCUGGAAAACAACGACAACGGCCAAGCUCUGAAGAGUUUGAAACUGCGACAGGCACUCAACCAGUGUUUUCAAGAUGUCAUACAGAUUUAUUACCAAACAGCACAAGUGAUCAGGGACUUCGCUCAUCAGGAGCAACUCAAGUCCAACGACAACGGAUUCAAGUGUGACACUGAGAAGAUCAAUGACUAUAUGGUUCGCUAUGUCAACAUGAGCCCAGACGACGCUCAGAAAACAGGGCAGCUCCGUGAGACGCUGCAACUAUCGAGAGAGACACGGAAAAUGUUCCUCGUUGGUUUGAUGUCACUCGAAAGUACGGGGAGCAAGACGGAGCUUCUGGAUUAUACGACAGCACUGCAGGGCAUUAUAGACUGUCAAAGCAAGACCCGGGAGGCUUACAACAACCUCAAGAGUGCUCUUUUGCCUGAUAGAGCAACGGGGAGCGAUCGAAAUUCCGCAAGUCCGUUGAGCCCACGCCACAUGAAGUGGAAACAUCAGAUCGACAAGGUCGGGGGCAUGAAUAUGAACAUUCGAACUAUUCAAGCCAAGAUGUAUUCGUUGCUAGAAGAGUCCAAGAAGACACUAGACACAGCCGACGAUGUUUCGGAACUGGGACAUAUGUUUAUGAGCCGUUAUGACAACAUAGGGAAAGACAUUGAAGACUUGAUGGAAUCAUGGGAAGCCGGCAAGGCCAGUCUGGCCAAGAACAUCAACAAAAACGAGCGUCGAGUCUCCUCCAUGAGCUCCAUCAUGUCGCCCACAAUUGAUCCGUCUAUGGAGGCAGUCCGGGAGGAGUCCGGUGACGCGGACGAUGGAGUAUCAGCUGCGUGGGACAAGCUUACUGGCGGUGAACUGCCACCGGCAGGCAUGGCAGACGACAGCUCCCCCACAAGUCCUCGGCCCAUGGUCAUGGAGACAUUCGAAGCAAUUGCAGCUCCACGACCGAGGAGCACGCUUACUCGGACAGAGCGCAUAGCAAGAGCGCACGAGGAUCGACAAGCCAGGGAAGCUGAGAGGGCACAGGCUAUGCAGAGAGGUCAUGUCAUGGGCGAGCUGCGAGACGUGUUGAAGAGCCGUGGCCUACACGCCACUGUGGACACAAACACAAAGGGAGGAGCAUCUGUUGCAGCACAAAGUCCAAGCCCCAGUAAUAGGCAAAGCUUUGGGCCCAUCUUGAAGAAGAGGGUGGUAUCAAUGCCGUUUCCAUAG